UCUCAGCAAAAAAAGUGUUGAUGUGAACUCAUGGCACCGUGUGCUUAAAAGAUUUAGUGUGGAGAGAGAGGGAGCUGAAGACUGAGUCCCACCACCUUCACUCCUCCUCUGCCAGCACACAUCUGCUGCUGAGGAGAUGAGAGGAGCGUUUAAUGCCUUGGAAAUCGGUCUGUGCAGCAUGGCAGACUGCAUCAGUGUGCUGUGAGAGGGAAAGUGGACGAAAAUCUCCAACUGGAAAGUAUUUAUGUUUACCUUCUCUUUGGUUGAGCUGGUGUUUUCCCUUAAACUUGGGGUGAUGUCCCAGUGCUGGUGCAGGCAGGUCCUGCUCGGUGUGGAACUGGGCAUGCUGGUGGCGGUCCUGGUGGCCGGCAGUGCAGGACAGAUCCAUAACAGGAGGGAGGCAGGUUCAUCCUGCUACGGAGGAUUUGACCUGUACUUUGUUUUGGACAAGUCUGGCAGUGUGCAACAUUACUGGAAUGAGAUAUAUUACUUUGUUGACCAUCUGGCUCACAAGUUUAUCAGUCCUCAGCUGCGGAUGUCUUUCAUUGUAUUUUCAACAGAAGGAAGGAUUCUCAUGGCACUAACAGAAGACAGAGAGCAGAUUCGGGCUGGACUAGAGGAGCUAAGCAUGGUGCAACCAGGUGGAGACACCUUCAUGGACAAAGGUUUUCAAAGAGCCAGCGAGCAAAUAUACUAUGGCACUGGAGAUGGUUACCGGACAGCCAGUGUCAUUAUUGCCCUGACGGACGGUGAGCUGAGGGAAAAUCAGUUUGACCUGGCACAAAGAGAGGCCAGCAGAGCACGACAGUUGGGUGCCACUGUGUACUGUGUGGGAGUGAAAGACUUCAAUGAAACCCAGCUUUCAACGAUAGCUGACAGUACAGACCAUGUCUUCCCGGUGAAUGAUGGAUUUGAGGCGCUACAAGGGGUUAUUGACUCGAUCCUGAAGAGAUCAUGCAUUGAGAUCCUGGCUGUAGAGCCCUCCAGCAUCUGUGAAGGAGAAUCGUUCCAGGUGGUAAUCAAAGGAAAUGGUUUCCUUCACGCCCGAGACGUAGAGAAAGUUCUCUGCAGCUUUCGCGUCAAUGACACAAUUACUUUGAUGAAAAGACCUUUGGUGGUGAGAGAUACCUACCUUUUGUGCCCAGCUCCUGUUCUGGAAAAAGAGGGAACGUCUGCCACUCUUCACGUCAGCAUGAAUAAUGGCCUGAGCUUUAUAUCAAGCUCCGUCACAAUUACUGCAGUCACUUGUUCUGAUGGGACCUUUGUGGCCAUAGCUCUGCUUAUCCUGCUGCUCCUGCUCACCAUGCUUCUGUUGUGGUGGUUCUGGCCUCUCUGCUGCACCGUGGUUAUUUAUGAGCCACCUCCUCCAGUUAUAGAGGACAGCUCUGAUGAUGAAGACGGUUUUCCCAAGAAAAGGUGGCCCACAGUGGACGCCUCAUACUACGGAGGACGUGGAGUCGGAGGCAUCAAGAGAAUGGAGGUCCGAUGGGGAGAUAAAGGCUCAACUGAAGAAGGAGCCAAACUGGAAAAAGCUAAAAACGCUCGAGUUGUGAUGCCUGCGGAGGAGUAUGAUCCACCACGGCCUUACUACAACAUUCACAAAUCUAUCCGCCCCCAAAAGUGGUACUCUCCCAUCAAGGGCAAACUGGAUGCUUUGUGUGUAUUCCUGAGAAAAGGCUAUGACAGAGUGGCUGUGAUGCGACCUCACGCUGGAGACAAGGGCAAGUGCAUAAACUUUACCCGAAGCAAAUCCUACCCUGCUCCUCGCUAUCCAAUCUACAACAAUCCCUCCACGCCUGUCUACACUUUGCCCCACAGUUACCAGCGUCGUCCGUCAGAGGGCAGCCACAUCUUCCAUUUGCCCCCUUCGCCAACUUCCACGCUCCCCCCUCUACCGUCCACUCCUCCCCCGUCCUUCACCACCCCUCCCAUGUACACACCACCUCCAAACAGAGCCCUGCCCCCUUCUUACAUGAGCUCAGUCUCUGCACCUCUGUCUCCAACUGGCUCCCUACCUCCUCCCCCUCAGGGUCCACCCCCAUGUAGAGCGCCUCCUCCGUCACGCCCUCCUCCACACCCCAAUCAUGAGAGCCACUGAUGAUUAAAAAACAAAGAGUUGAUGAGAAGGAUCCAAGCUCAGGAUGGAAACCUGAAAGGAUCCUCUCACUGGGCCUCUGUCCAAACAGAGUGACUGUAUAAUGUUGCCUUUUGAGGCUGCAGCUGGUGAGUCAACUCCUGCACAGUCUGUUUUCCUCACGCAUGAUGUGCCAUGAAAUAUGACUUUUUUUUUAAGUAGCAAGCACAGCUUUGGCUAUUACAUGCUUUUUGAGCAAAGCAACUUCAUUUUCUUAUCAAAUCAGACACAUUGGUCAAGUAUUGCAAUGUGCUAUGGAGUCGUAUAAACUUGCAUUUUAGCCUUUGCCUGAUGUGAAUAUUUUGGAUCUAAAACAAAUCUUGCACUGCUUUGCACAGUGAAAAACAAUAAUCAUGAGUUCAAACAGCAGAAAAUACAGUUGCUCAGCAACUGUGUCAUGUGUUUUAUACAUGCAAGUCUGUUUGGAAAGUGCUGUAUUGGAAAAUGUAUAUUUUGUGAAUGAAUAAUCAUUAAAUCACUGAAAUAUAUACAGUAUGUAUACAUCAAGAUCAAUACCACAGUCAUGUUUAUAUGGUAACUACAGCACUGCAGCCAGCAGGUGAUAUGUCAGUCAGUGACUAUAAUAGUUCAAGUUUGUCACUUCCUGAUAAACCGGUAGGGACUUUUAUAACAUUUUCAGUGUAUAGACAUGAGAGUGGUAUCAAUCCUCUCAUCUAACUCUUAGCAAGAAAGUGAAUGCAUGUAUUUCCCAAAAUGUAGAAUGCAGUUUUGCAGUUUUUGAGUGAUUAGAUAUGUUCAUACCAAAAAAAAAAGUUGGUCUUCCCUUUUUGCUCCACUCAGCUUUAACAUUUCACAAUGGAUGUUUUUAAAACUGGCCUCAAUCUCAGCAGGUGUUCAGAUUCAGAUUUAUGCUGGUUAGUGAUGCAGUUGAGGACUUACAACCACAACUUUAAAUGCUCUAUACACCUAAGGUUCACCUCCGCAGGUGUUCUCCAGCCCUCACUGUGCAUAAAGGUGCACAGCUAUGCAGGACUUCAAUUACUGUAUAAACUUAGGUGACGUGUUGUUUUCAAUGUAGCUCCAACCAUCUUCAACCUAAGGUCUAAUUAGCAAGAUUAAAAAACACCCACCUGUGUGGGCGUGCAUGGCCUUUAACUUUAAAAACUGAUUGACUUUGUCCUAACAAUAGUCUUGCAUUGCCAGACCUAUCUCCACAACCUAACAAUGAAACUAAAGAUGAAGCCAUUAAAUACAUUAACUUUAAGUAAAGUAUUUGUUUAAAAGGGAUUUUAUGAAUUGUAAAGUUUGCUUUUAUGCCUGCAAUGCUUUCAGAAACAUUUUUGGGGACUUUUUUAUACGAGAGAAAGCAUUAAAUUGUCUGUCAGAAGAUUUGCUACUAGUGAUCAAAAGAAAGAUGGAAGUGGAAACAAAACACCAAAAUAAGGCUUUUCAUCUUAUACAAGAGGAGUUGAGCUGCGGUUGAGAUGUUUGUUACCUGAUAAAGAUGCCCCCAGAUGUCUCCAUACAAUAUAUCUUGGUCACCACUGGACACUUGUGGAAAAACCAGAGGAAUUCAAAAGCACGUCUGGGCUGCUCUGCUUUCCUGGCUGGAACUGCAGGAAAUAUGCAUACAGCUAGAAAGUGGAUGGAUUAACAGAAGUAUGAAUAACAUGAAAUUAUUGACUUUAUUUAUAACUCUGAACAGUUUGGAGUAAAUGAUUUCCAUCUUGGGUAAAAUAUCUAUAGACUCUCCAAAGGAGCAGCCAGUCAGCUGAGGUCUUAUUCCACUCAGAUCUACUAAAUAUCUUAAAUCUUUUCCAUGAGCUUCCUUUAUUUUAGUUUUUUCUUCAUUUGGAAAUGCUUCCACAGACGCAUGCAGACACAAUCCUGUGGGCAGUGAGCUCAUGGAGGCGUGUCUGAGAAAAACUGCCAGAAGCAGAGGCAGUCGGAUUCAAGGCAGACAAUAAAAUCAAAAUCCAACUAUGAUGCCAUGGAGAACUGGAAGAGGUAUUUACACAGCUUAACACGUGACCAAGUCCAUCUGCAAGCAGUGAAAUUACAACAUAUAGUUAUGCCUUCCUGUUGAAGAGUGAAUAUUUUUUCCUGUUUCCAGCUUUGUGUUAGCAGUUUGUCUAUUUUACUGUCUGUCAUGUUGAACAUAUAACACAAUAUUAAAUUUUCUCAUUUCUAAAAGGACAACAAUGCAAAGCAAUCUCAAUAUACUGUAUGAAUGACCAAAUCAACCUUCCUUCUUGAUCUUCCUUGACUAUUUUUUAGAUCCACUAACCCCUCUAAGUUCUGUGUUUUUAGUGCCAUCUAUGACAUCAGAAAAUAACCCCAUAGCACAUAAUUAUGUUUAACUUUAAGGAGGAAAAUACACUUAGCAGUGGGCUCAUCUUGGCCAGUGACACAGUCUACCUUGGCUGCUCAAACAAUGGCAAUAACUGACGUCCCACCGCUAAUCAGCUCCAAAGUGUAGCUUACACACAGCCAUGAACUAAUUACCAGGAAACCCUCAGACUUAUCUAUUUCCAUUUAUGUAUACAAAUCCUGACAUGUUUACUCUGAUGAAAUCGGCUCACGACCUGGCUCACUCUGCUCUUUUUCCAUGUACUCUUCAUCUCUUACUUAUUCUAAGAUCACAUGACAUUUGACACAUUGUUGAAUAAAAACAAGCAGCUCAUCUUUCACACAAGCUCAACAUCCCCUUUUCUUCCUUAAGUAGAUAGCCCAUUUGGGGGCUCAGUCUGACAUGAAAAUUAGCCGUCAAAUAUACACCUGUGUUUAUAGUGUAUUCUUUUCCAUUUUAUCUCUGUGUUUUGUUUAACCUGUAUAAUCUGGUAUGAAUAAAAUGAAGAUUAAACCAAAAA